AUGGGCGUUUGUCAAAGUAAAUCAAGCAAUCAAAAGGAAUCAGGAAAGAACGUUUAAGAUGAAUAUAAAAUAGUUUGCUAACUUGUUAAUAACUCUUAUAUUGUUCAGCGUUGGAGUAAAGUGAAGGAAGCAAGUCCUCGAUAAAUGAAUUUAUAAGAAGUAUAAUCUGGAGCUAACUAGGAUGAAGUGAAUACUCAAGAAGAAAACUCACAAAAGCAAGACAAAAAAUAUUUAAUGAAAUGCUAUGUUAAUCUGUCUCAGCAGUAAAUAAAUUUAAUUAGGGAGGAUAUAUAAGUUCAUAAAAAGUUAGAAAGCCAAGGAGAGUUCUACAUUAAUAAAAUCAUAGAUGUUUAUCAGUGGAAAGAUUCUUUAGCAAUAAUUUAUGAAUAUCAAAAUAGAAUAGAAGAUUUGAAAGUAGAAAUUACAUAAAAUAAAAGAAAAAUCAUAUCAAAUGUUGUAGCUGCUUUUACCUUUUUGGAUAAAUAGAAUGAUACCUAUCAUGGAAAUAUUUGUUUAAACAAUAUUCUUAUUAAUAAGAAUACUCUACAAGUCAAGAUCACUGAUUUUGCAUUAAAUAGAUCGCUCUAUUAUCAAAAUCUUGUAAACUCUCUAAAUUAAAUAUUUAGAGCUCCAGAAUACGAACCGGAAGUUAAUAAUUUAAAAUUAUAAGAAUCUGGCAUUCCUGAUAAAUUAGAAAUGCCUACAGUUUUUGAUGAUUUCAAGAAGGCUGAUACUUGGAGCAUGGGUGUAGUACUAGGCUAUUUAGCACUUGCUGAUAAUAAAGAUUAUGCUGAGGUAUUUUUGAAGCAUAUUAAAGAAAAAUAAUUCAAAGAUGCCUAGGCUUUGGUACUUAUGCAUGGAGAGGAUUAUGGAGUUUUCUUUUUUCGUUUAUUAGAAAUUAUACCUAAAAACAGGUUAUCCGUUGCAGCAGUAAAUACUCUAUUAUGUAAGUUCAACCUUAAAGCAGAAAUCAUUUAAAUAACAUGUUAGAAAGAGCUGGAUUAUCAAGAGUAUCAAAUAAGAAAAUCAUAAAAGGAAAAUAUUAGCAAGGUUCAUAUAGAAUUGCAGUCGCUUUUAUUAGGAUAGUAACUUGGAGAGAAGUUGUUAUCUCUCUUCCCAAAGCUGAAUUUAGAAAAUGUAACCUAAAUUCAUUUUAAAAUCUAGAAAAACAACUUAUGCAAUUCAGGACUGGACUACUUUAUUAAAUUAUUCGAAGAAGUGAGCUUCAACAAUCUAAAUAUACUUGAGAUAAAUUUUGGCUUAAACAAAUUGGAGGGGUAAGUAGCUGGUGAAAAAGCAAGACAAAUGAUAGAAAAUAUUAAAGCACCUUAGCUCACUUCAUUCAGAUUGUAUUUUAGUAUCAACUCAUUAGGUGAUGAGGGUGCUUAUUAAGUAUUUGAUGCUAUGACUAAAAUGCCACAUCCUUAUCUGAGUAAAAUGGAGUUAGGACUUGGCUAGAAUUAAUUAACUGACUAAGGAGUAAUUAGGCUAGGAUAACUGCUGAAUUAAUUAGAUAUGAUGAAAAUAUCUGGAAUUUGGAUAUACCUUGGAAAAAAUAAAUUGACAUAUAAUGGUGUAGAUGGCUUUUUAUAAAAUCUUUAAUAAGUUGAGUAAAAAAUCAUUUCAGUGAGCGAAUUCUAAUUUUUAAUGAAUCUGUUAACAGCUGAGGAAAUAAAAUAGUUAUAAGAAAAGUAUUAAUUUAACAGCUCUAUAAGAUUAUUAUUUUGA